UGACUUCUCCAAAAAGAGCUAAAGAUGGCAACAUACAUGAUGAACAACCUUCUUGUGUCUUGUCUAAUGUUUUUUGUAAUGAUUGGUUCCUUAAAUGCAAAACCUGCAGACACCAAAGCAAUUUGCGGAAAAGCAAAAAACCCAUCCUUCUGCACGAACUACAUGAAAUCAAACCCAAAGACUUCAGGUGCUGAUAUUAAAACGCUUGCAACGAUCACCCUCGGCUCUGCACAAACAAGCGCAUCAACUCUUUUGACGAAGAUUCAGUCUCUUGCCACGAGAGAAACUAACCCUGCUUUGAAGAAAGGAUACACCUCCUGCGUGGAGCAGUACAAGAAUACCAUCAGCAGUCUCGAUGAAGCUGGGAAUAGCCUAACGUCAGGAGAUGGUCCAGGGCUGAACAUCAAGGUUUCAGCAGCUAUGGAAGGUCCUACAACAUGUCAAGACGGCUUGUCGAAAGUCAAAGCUGAUCCGUCGAUUGUCAAGGACAAUGGUGAUUUUCAGAAUAUUUGUGGCAUUGUUCUUGUCAUCUCCAACAUGAUGUGAUUAAAGAAAGGGGUUCUGAUUCAGAAAACUACACCAAUCAGUUAUACAUGUAUAUAUCAUAGACACAAUCAAGUUCUUCUCUAUUUGUUGUUCUAUUACUUUUUAUUUUGUGCAGCUUUGUUCUAUUACAAUUAUUGAUAAAAAAAAAUAUAAGAGAUCUUAAGAGACCACAAAGUAC